CGUGGGGAAUAUCCUGGAACAUACAUCCUGUGAUGAUCAAUGCUGUGAAUCAGUAAACGGGAACUGGACAAGUUGGGGAUCUUGGAGCAUGUGUGUCUGCGAUUACAACGGUGGUACUGGAUCUCAUAUGAGAACCAGAUCCUGUACAGAUCCUGUCCCUUCCUGUUAUGGAUCGGACUGUGAGGGUAAUAUGGUGGAGCAUGGAAAGUGUGAUGAUCAGUGCUGUACUCUAGUGAACGGGAACUGGAACAGUUGGGGUAACUGGAGCACAUGUAUUUGUGAUUACAAUGCUGGUACUGGAUCUCAGAUGAGAACCAGAUCCUGUACAGAUCCUGCCCCUUCCUGUCAUGGAGCAGAUUGCGAAGGAGAUAUGAUUGAACACGGCAAAUGUAACGAUCAAUGCUGCACGUCACUGAACGGAGGGUGGAGUAAGUGGGCUGACUGGGGACCUUGUAUUUGCGAAAGUAACUCAACUAGUACUAAAGGGGUUAUCAGGAGGGAUCGGUAUUGUACUAACCCUCAACCCUCCUGUCGCGGCAAGUACGUACGUAAUAUAGUGCCUGUUAUGGGCAGUUAUAUUGAGGCCGAGAAAUCUGAGUCACUGCAGUUAGACACCUUCUCAAGUACAAACCUGCCGCUAAUUAUUUGUGGUGUGGCUGCGAUAGCGGGAAUAGUCCUAGCUGGCAUGGCUAUUGUUGCAGUUAUAUUUCUGGUCAAACGAAAAAGACGAAAGCAAUCAGUUACUUUAGAUACAGUAACUCCUCUGGAGGCAGCCCAGUCCACUCCACCACCAGCAGUGUUCUCUCCAGUCCCACCACCAGAGACGUGCCAAACCUCCCCAUCUUCAGCACAUCGGUUUGAUGCCAUCGAAAAUGACUACAUGGACUUCACAGAACUUUGA